UGCUUCCGAGCCUGCUGGAAAAGGCUCGCGGAUCCGGCCUUGUCGGCCCUUAAAGCGCUCCUUGGGCGGCCUGGCCUCGGCUCCCCUCCCGAGCCGCGCAAAGGAAGCUGCUUCUGGCUCUCGUCGGCUCCCCAGGUUUGCUUUCUUUCUCUUUCCGAAGGUGGGCCCUGAGGUCCGCCGUCUCGAAGCCUGCGGCUGCCGGGAAACCCAAACCCGAGUGUCCGAAGACUAACCGGAAGUGCGGUCCUAGACGGAGGGGCGGUGCCUGCGGCCGCCGGGGAGAGAAAAUUGAGUAUUGUGAGUACUUACGGACUAGAGACUGUUUGAAGCCAAAAGGAAGGCCAUCUUCAAUCUUUGUUAAUGAAUGCUGUCUUCCUUGAGAAAUCAAAUUCUUAGGACCAGGAGGUAAAUGCUGCUUUCUUUCCAGUUAGAUUCUAGGGUUGGAAAUACCAAGUGAGGAAUUAGUGUGUAUAAUGCUGGAAGCUUGUAGAGAUGAGCUGCUCAUGACUGAAAGGCCUACAACAGAUGUAUCUUUCAAGUUCAUAUCAAGAAAACAACAAUGAAAAAAAUGAUGGGUCAGGAAGACAAGUGGAAGACUCCCUAGGAGAGAGCCAUAGAAAAUGUUCACUUCACAAGAGAGAUAUAAUCAGAGAACUCAGAAAAGUAAAAUAUAUCAUGUAUGCCCUCAGAAGGGUAAAAAGAUUUUUAUUCAUGUGCAUGAGAUUACUCAAAUAGAUGAUCAGAUAUACCAGUGCCUUGAACGUGAGCAAAACUUCUGUGAAAACUUAGCUCUUAUUAUGUGCGAGAGAUCCCAUACUGGGGAAAAACCUUGUAGAUGUGAUAUGUGUGAGAAAACCUUCAUCCAAAGCUCAGAUCUUAUUUCACACCAGAGGGUCCACAAUUAUGAGAAACCUUACAAAUGUAGCAAAUGUGAGAAGAGCUUUUGGCACCACUUAGCUCUUUCAGGACACCAGAGAACACAUGCAGGUAAAAAAUUCUAUACAUGUGAUAUUUGUGGCAAAAAUUUCGGUCAGAGCUCUGAUCUGCUUGUCCACCAGCGAAGCCAUACAGGCGAGAAACCAUAUCUGUGUAGUGAGUGUGAUAAAUGCUUCAGUCGAAGUACAAACCUUAUAAGGCACCGAAGAACUCACACAGGUGAGAAACCAUUUAAGUGUCUGGAGUGUGAAAAAGCUUUUAGUGGGAAAUCAGAUCUGAUUAGCCACCAGAGAACUCAUACUGGUGAAAGGCCCUACAAAUGUAAUAAGUGUGAGAAAAGUUACCGACACCGUUCAGCCUUCAUUGUUCAUAAGAGAGUUCAUACCGGGGAGAAGCCCUAUAAGUGUGGUGCCUGUGAGAAAUGCUUUGGCCAGAAAUCAGACCUCAUUGUACACCAGAGAGUUCAUACGGGUGAGAAACCAUAUAAAUGCUUGGAAUGUAUGAGAAGUUUUACACGGAGUGCCAACCUCAUCAGACAUCAGGCAACUCAUACUCACACUUUUAAAUGCCUUGAAUAUGAGAAAAGUUUCAGCUGUAGCUCAGACCUUAUUGUGCAUCAGAGAAUUCACAUGGAGGAGAAACCACAUCAGUGGUCGACAUGCGAGAGCGGCUUCCUCCUAGGGAUGGACUUUGUUGCCCAACAGAAAAUGAGAACUCAGACUGAGGAGCUGCAUUAUAAAUACAGUGUAUGUGAUAAAAGCUUCCACCAGAGCUCAGCUCUUCUUCAACAUCAGACAAUCCAUAUCGGUGAGAAACCAUACAUCUGUAAUAUGGGCGAGAAAGGUCUUGAGCUCAGCCCUCCCCAUGCGUCAGAAGCCUCACAAAUGUCUUGAUCAGACAAGAAGUUACAAUACCAUAAAAAAUGUAUUUACCUGUGAGAGAACUCAUUAAAGAACUCUAGGCAAAUCUCACACUUUCCUCAGAGCUCAGACUUCAGUGGGGACCAGAGAAUGCAACUGUGGGAAGUUGAGAAAUGGUUUGCCCAGAGAACUACCCUAACAGAACACUUAAUCAGCCACUCCAAUGAGAAACCAUACAAAUGCCUUGAGUUUGGACAAACCGUUAGUCCAGGCUCAUAUCUGAUCACCUGCAAGGGGAUUUCUACAGGUGGGAAACUUUACAAAUGCAGUGAGUGUAAGAGAGCUCUCUAGCAGCAUUCACCCCGCCUCAUCCCAAGAGAAUUCGCUCCAGAGGACUUUUUAAAUGCCCUCAUUGUCAAUAGAGCUUCAAACAGCAUGUACGUCGAAUUGGAUGUCAGAAAGCCCAUCGUGGGGAGAAACCCAGCAAGUGCGUAAAAAGCUUCUAACAGAACUAUGACUUUCUUACUUUUCAGAGAAGCCAUACUGGUGAAAAUGCGUGUAUUUGUCUUGAAUGUGGCAAAAACAUUAGCUGAGAGCCUUCUUGGGUUUGCACCAAAGAAACCCAAUCUGAGGAAAGACCUUACAAAGUCUCUGAGUAAGAAAAACUCCUGUCAGUGAGCAGCUCUUGUGGUACACCAGGGAACUCCCAUAAGGGAAGAACCCUCCUUUGAGUCUGAAAAAAGCCUUGCUAGAAACUCCUACCUUAUCAGGUCCCAAAGAACGUACUCUGCACAGAAUUUUGCGCCAAUGAGAGAUCUCAUUGUGGACUGUGUACAUAAUGAUAGGUAAUAGUUGACCCAUAUGGUAGAGAUGAUUUUUAAUGGAGUCAGUAUGUAAACAGUUGCUUAGAUGCCCGGAACCUUGUUCUGGGAGGAGCUAGGCAGGUCAGAAGAGGCCUGAUGGGUAACUCAGGUAAAGAUACUUUUAUCUGAACCACUUAAUGAUUGCUUUACUUUCACUUGUUAAAAUUUGGAAAUCCAAUAAAGGAAAGGACUGUAACCUUGUGAUAGAAGGUGUGGCAUGUAUUACUGUCAGGGGGAAAGGAUUAUACUAACUUUUCCUCUGUCAGUUUUUUAAUUCUUGGCAAGAAUGGGGACUAGUAUGUUGUCAGUAGCCUGGGAACCUUUUGCUGGUAGUGAAAAGAACUGAACAGCUAGGGAGUAGCCAGAUCAAAACACUCCCCAAAGUGCCCUCUUUGGAGGGCCAACCUCAUAAAGAGGCAGAAUACUUAGCUUUUUACUGUGUGAGUUAAGGGAUUCCCCCCAAAAAAAAGUUUCCUUUCCCUCAAACAUCUUUGAGAUUAUCACUGGUAUUUGAAAUUUCAGCUUUAGAGAGUUAUUUUCAACUCAGAAAUGCAAAUUUAAGUAUAAUGGUCAUGAUGUUGCUAGCAUCUGUAUUUUUGUGACUUUAUUUAAUACGUCUCUUUUGAUGAAAAGAUGCUCUUCAGCUCCUUGCAAAAUGAUUAAGGGAAACCAAAAGAAAGAUUUAAGCCUGAACAGACACAGAGUAAAAACACAUAAUGAUACAUUAUUAAUGAAGGAGCUAAACUUUGAUUUUGAGUAUCCUGACUUCAAAGCUCGUGUUUUUCACUCUGUUAUCCUGCGGUUGAUAGUAAAUCAAUCCCCAUAAUGAUAUGCCUUUCAUUUAUUUCAGUUCUGCCAAGGAAAGAGAGAAUACUUUUUUUCCCAGGGAAAGGAUUGCAGUCACCACAACAUAAGGUAUCUGUUUGGCUUGGAAUGUAGGAUUCUGAAUGCUAGGAGGCAAAAGUAGUUGACAGAUUCAUCAGAGACUUAAGGAUAAGCACUUAUCUCCAAUUUAACAGGAUAAUUAAUGAUUAUCUCUAACAUUCUCUAGAAAUACUGUACUUAAUCCAGGGAUUAUAAAUGGACCAUUCAGAGGUUUUUUUUUCUUCCCUCAAGUUAAAAGACAUUUACUAUAAAUAAGAUUCCUACAGUAUUUGGGACUAUAGACUGGUGAGUAAAUAUUUUGUUGCUAGUCUGGGUUCUCUGGUUUAUUUUAACAAAUCCCUGAAUGAUUGGAGAGUGCUGACAUUCAGACUCAUGGUGGUGGCCAGCUGUUACCUUGUGUAUGGCUCUAAGCUUUGGUCCUAUUAACUGGUUAAUGAGCUUGAUAAUCUAAGAGUCAGUGGAUAUAGCGUAUAGUAAUAAUAAGGAAUCUGGUUCUAGGGUGGGGUUUUCUUGUUUUUUCCUUUUUUUUUUUUUUUUUUUUUGGUUUUUGUUUUGUUUUGUUUUAGAAAACAAAUGCUGGAGGGUUUCUUUGAUCUGUUGUGUUUUAGUAAUUUUCAUAAAUAGCUCUUAUACCAUGAAAAGUGGCCCAGUGUGAUUAAACACGCAAGAUGUAUUUGUUUCUCUUUGGUGCAGAUCAUGCCUGUCACUAGUAUAUGUUUGACGGUUGUAAUGCUUAAAAUAGUAUUGGGUGUAUGGCAUGGUGGUGAUGAGAGUUAUUCCUCAUGGCUACUUGUUAAUUGUUACAGCUUAGAGAAGGGAACAGAGUUUGUAUUGUUGGCAGGGCAGUGACUUGCCCCUUCUUUCAACUAAUCUUACUGAUAAUUGUCUCUUGUCUUUAAAUAAAUUAAGGAUGGACCAUCCCUCAAACGGCAAACAGGCAGGGUAUGAGACAGGUCUGAGGGUGAGGGCUUUUACCCAUUGAGAGAGGGGUUGGUGUUAUUUGUAGAGCAUAACCUGAGGUUGGAGAGGACCACUGGGAGCCUGUAACCAGAACUAGAAGGUAACUUCUGGGAUGGAUGGAGGUUCUCUUGAGACAGUGCCAACCUAAAUCUACCUCAGGUAAGUAGUUAGAGUAACUUUUUCAAGACUUCAGACCAAACAAGACACUUGUAUUCAGUCUAUGUAUUCCUAUGCUUUAAUGUUUUUGUUUUCCCUUAAAUUCUUAAAUAAACAUUUAUUCUGAAAAACUCCA